AUGCUGAGAAAGGGAGAGUGGGUGUGGUUGGACUCGGGCAUCGGGGUGCCCAUCGGAGCCCGGGUCAAAGUAACAUCAUCUGGAAAGCGGUUACUGGUGGACGAUGAGGGGAAGGAACAGAAACUGUCCAAGGAGCAGGAAGCCUCCCUCAAGAUCAUGCACCCUACGUCAGUGGAGGGGGUGGAUGACAUGAUCAAACUGGGAGACAUGAACGAGGCCGGCCUUCUCCGAAAUCUGCUGAUCCGACACAAAAAGGGACUCAUCUAUACCUACACAGGCUCAGUGCUGGUGGCAGUGAACCCAUACCAGGAUUAUCCUUUAUACUCAGCGGACACGGUCAAAUUGUACCAUGGACGAAAGCUCGGGGAACUCCCUCCACACAUCUUUGCCAUCUCUGAAGCCUGCUACUUUAACAUGAAGCGCCAUCUCAGGAACCAGUGCUGCAUCAUCAGUGGGGAGUCAGGAGCGGGGAAGACCGAGAGCACCAAGCUGAUCUUGCAGUACUUUGCAGCAGUCAGCGGUGUGCUUUCUGAACACCAUGUUGAAAAGCAGAUCCUGGAGUCUAACCCAAUACUAGAAGCCUUUGGAAAUGCUAAAACAGUCCGCAAUGACAAUUCCAGUCGCUUUGGGAAAUAUUUGGAGAUCUUCUUCAAUAAGGACGGAGUGAUUGAAGGUGCUCGUGUGGAGCAGUAUCUUCUGGAGAAGUCUCGUGUCUGCCAUCAGGCGCCAGAAGAGCGAAACUACCACAUCUUUUACUGCAUGCUGGCAGGAAUUUCAGCUGAAGAGAAGAAAAAUCUUAGGCUCAAAGAUUCCAAAGACUACAAGUUCCUCACGAAGGGUGACUGUAUCAGGUGUGACGGCAGAGAAGAUGCCAAAGAUUACCGCCAUAUUCUUUCUGCUAUGAAAAUCCUGACAUUCUCAGAAAGCCAAUGUCAGGAAAUCCUCAAGCUGCUAGCAGCCAUUUUACACCUGGGAAACGUCUGCUUCGAGGCCAAGACAGAAAACAACUUGGAAACCAGUGAUGUCAGCAAGUCAGAAAACUUCCCCACCGCUGCGUCACUACUGGACGUAAAGAAGUCUUCUCUGGCAACUAGUUUGACCCAUCGUUCCUUCAUGACCAACAAAGAGCGGGUGGUAAAACCCCUCAGCUGCGAACAGGCGGCCGACUGUAGAGACGCCCUCGUCAAGGCGAUCUACAACAAGCUGUUCAUUUGGAUCGUUGAAAAAAUCAACCAAGUCAUCUAUAAGAAACUGGCCAAGAGUCCCAAAUUCUCCUUUCUGUCCAUCGGCCUGCUCGAUAUAUUUGGCUUCGAGAACUUCCUCACAAACAGUUUUGAGCAGCUGUGCAUAAAUUUUGCCAACGAAAAGCUGCAGCAGUUCUUCGUGGGCCACAUCUUCAAGCUGGAGCAGAAGGAAUACAUGAAAGAGGACAUUGAGUGGAGUAACCUCAAGUUUAGUGACAACCAGGAUAUCCUGGACGUUCUGGCCGGGAAACCCUGUAACCUGCUGGCUCUGAUUGACGAGGAGAGCCAGUUCCCAAAGGGCACGGAUGUGACUUUGCUGAGCAAGAUGAAUAAGCAACACAGGGGAAACAAGAUCUACGUCGCCUCCAAGAGUGAAUACGAAACAGACUUUGGGAUUCGCCACUAUGCAGGCGAGGUUCACUACGACUCCACAGGGUUCCUGGAGAAGAACAGAGAUGCUGUCAGCGGCGACAUCAUCAAAAUGGUCGAGAUGUCCAAGAGUAAGCUGCUCCGUCAGAUAUUCGAGAAUGAGCUUUCGACAAAUGCAGUGAAGGUUGCUAACAACAAGAAGAUCAUCAUGACGCCAAAGAGCUCUCUACGGGUCCCGGCCGACAAACGGAAACAAGUGCAGACGCUGAGCGGUCAGUUCCGUCAGUCUCUGGACUCCCUCAUGAAGACUCUGUCCCUCUGCCAGCCCUACUUCAUCCGCUGCUUCAAACCCAACAACGACAAGCAGUCUCAGGUCUUUGACAGAGAGCUGUGUAUGCGUCAGCUGAGGUACUCCGGCAUGAUGGACACCAUCCGCAUCCGAAAUCUGGGAUAUCCCAUUCGCCACACCUUUGCCGAAUUCUUGAAGCGCUACAGGGUGCUCCUGAAGACAACCGUCUGUGACCCCAAAACUGAGAGUGCUGCUGUCUGUUGUGAAGCCAUCUGCAAUGCAGUGAUUGAAGGAGAGAACGAGUGGAAAAUAGGCAGGACCAAGAUUUUCCUGAAGGAUGCCCAUGAUGCUCUCCUGGAACGACUGAGGGAACAAGAACUCAGCAGGGUAGCUGUUGUGAUCCAGAGGGUCAUGCUGGGAUACAAAGACAGAAAGUCUUUUCUGAAGAAACGUAGUGCAGCUGUGGUGAUGCAAAAGAACUGGAGAGCUUACAAGGAGAAGAAAAUCCGAAUAAAGCACCUGCGCGGCUUUCAUAGGCUGGUGUCAAAGAUCCGUGGUCGGAAGCUCCAGUUACAGUACAAAAGACAGCAAGAAGCAGCUCUUACCUUACAGACCCAGGUACGAGGCUACCAGGCGAGAACGGACUGGAAGAAAAAGAGAGAGGCGGUCAUACUGCUGCAGGCUUGCACCAGAGGUCACCUGGCCAGAAAAGAAACUGACAAGAUGAAGAACGACGCCUUCAUUAUACGUCAGGAGCAAGAGAACCAAAAGCAAGUUGCCCGGGACCUUAAGGAGCGACUGGAAGAAAUAUCUCGUGAGAACUCAGAGCCGGAGUCAGAAAUCAGCACCCCACCCCGAAAACUGGCCCCAGCCCCAAAAGCGGCCCCAGCACCGACCCCAAAAGCGGCCCCAGCACCAUCCCCAAAAGCGGCUCCAGCCCCGGCCCCGGCAAGCCCAACCCCAUCACAGGGAGAAGAGGAUGAUGAUGAGUUUGACGACGGCAGCGAGGAGUUUUCAUUCCAUAGGUUCAGCAUCCUUCACUUCCAGGGCAACGCUACCCACACACACAUCAACCAAAGACUCAAGGAGCCUCUUCUUAACCACGACGACGAGGGCGACAUACUGGCAAGUGUGUCUUGCUGGUGGAUUAUCCUGCGCUACAUGGAGGACAUACCAGAGCCAAAAUCAAUGGACUCGGUAUCUAUGGCAUCCAGCACUGUCAGCUCCCGCAACAUGACUCAUAGUCGGGGCAGGAGGCUGAGCAACCUGGUGGGACUCGACCAGAAAAUACUGAGGAAGAACAAGAAGAAGGCUGGAGGCACAAACAGAAGAGCUUCGGCUAUUCCUGAGGAGUCAGAGAACUUAACAGAGGACGAGGACGUUCAGAUCGGCGAGGGUGCAACACUGGACCGUACAUUUUCAUCCACGGACAAACUGCACAUUAUCAUUGGAUACGCUCUAUCCAGACGAGGGAUGAGGGAUGAGAUUUACUGUCAGAUCUGCAAGCAGCUGGUGAAUAACAGAAACAGGAAAAGCCGCAUGCUAGGCUGGGCCCUUCUCUCCAUCUGUCUUGGGAUCUUCCCCCCAACAGACCUCUUCAUGAAGUAUUUGGAGAGGUUUGUCCGCAAAGGCCCUAAUGGCUACGGAGAAUAUUGCUCUAAACGCCUGCGUCGUAUCGUAGCCAACGGAGAGAGAAAUGAGCUGCCCUCUUGGAAAGAGAUACAGGUUGCCAAGACAAAGGAGCCCAUUGACGUGUCUUUGACUCUGAUGGAUGAUCGGACUAUUACUCUGCCCCUGGACUCUGCCUCCACCUCUGCAGAAGUCUGCCAAGCCGUGGCCGACAAUAUUAAUCUUCGAGACACAUACGGGUUCUCCCUCUACAUCAGCCUCUAUGAGAAGAUGUGGUCUCUGGGCAGCGAUGAGAAGCAUGUGUUCGAUGCGGUGUCUCAGUGCGAGCAGGAGAUGAGGAGGCAGGGUAAGCUGGAGAAGAACGCCCCGUGGAAGCUCUCCAUCCGCAAAGAAAAGUUCACACCCUGGCACGACUGCUCAGUGGACCCAAUCAGCACAGAUCUAAUCUACAGGCAGGUCAUCAAGGGUAUCAAGCAGGGAGAGUACAUCAGUGAGAAGGACCAUGACUACGUCCAGCUGGCAGCAAAGCACUAUUACGUCACGUUUGGCGCCGCAUACAGCAAAGACAACGUCCAGAAGGUGGUGGAGGAGUGCAUCACCACAACACUUAUCGAGAAAAAAUCUAUGGCGAAAUGGAUCCAACUCAUCAGCUCAGAACACUUACAGGGUCCUUACAUCAGUGGGACAAUAAGUAAAGGGACCAUAGAGGGAGAAGUGGUGGACACUGCCCAGGAGAAAUGGUCCCUCGACUUCUCCAGGUUUUAUGAAGUUACAAUGACGUCAGGACCUCCUUUGCCAAAAAGCAGGUUUAUUGUGGCUGUAAACUCAAGUGGCAUCUUCUUCAUGGAUGGAAGAGACCGAAGACUCGUUGAGCUUCCUUACAUAGAGGUGAAGGAAGUCCAAACAGUCGGUGACAGUCAUUCCACUGACCAUUCCGUGAGUUUGGCCACAGUCCGAGGACAGUUUGUCCUGAUGUGUGGGGAAGCUGUUGACAUGGCUCUUAAUAUAGAGAAAAACCUAAUUGGGCUGAGAGAGCGCUCACAGUUUGCACUGGUGCAGCAGGACAAUAAAACAGAUGACGCCAUGUUCGUGCCUUGUAAACGAGGGGACCUGUUGGUGUUACAUAGAGAUAGAGACUAUUCUCGUGAGACCUGGAUCAAAGCGACUAACCAGCGGACCAUGAACAGUGGGGCUGUCUAUAAGGACACACUACAGUUUCUGCCAACUCUCAACAGACCCACUGACGAAAUACUGGAUCUGCUCAGUCCGGGUCAUAGGAAAACUCCAACCGCACAAAUCGCCACACAGAGGGACGAAUCCGUGGCUCCCGUCUCUUUGAAAGAGUUUGCACUUGAGAACUUCAGGCCUCCAGGUAAAGAAGUGGGACGGCAGGGUGUGUCCAAAGGGGCCGGCAGGGAAAAACUGUGGGCUAGUUCCAAAGAACCUCUCAAACAGCCCCUGAUGAAGUACCUGUUACGUAACUCUGACCUCAGCUCCCUGGCCUGCAACGCCUUCACUGCUAUCCUGAAGUAUAUGGGCGAUUACCCCAUCAAACAUGCUCGCAGUGCCGUCGAGUUGACUGACCAGAUCUUCGGUCCAGCCACCCAACAUGAUGCUCUGCAGGAUGAGAUCUACUGCCAGAUUAUGAGACAGAUGAGCAGCAACACUAACAGGUUGAGCAUGGAGCGCGGGUGGCAGCUGCUGUGGCUGUGUUCAGGCUUGUUCCCGCCCAGUCCGAAUUUGAUGUCACACGCUCAACGCUUCCUGGAGACGCGGCCCAGAGACACGCUGGCUCCUGGCUGCCUGCUAAGGCUGAAGGGGAUGAGCAGCAAGGAGCCCAGGAAGCUUCCUCCCCAUCCGUCAGAAGUGGAUGCCAUCCAACAGAACAGCACUCAGAUCUUCCAUAAAAUCCACUUCCCAAAUGACACGAACGAUAUAUUAGAGGUGACAUCGACAACCACAAUCAACGACCUGUGCCGCAGUAUUGCCACCCAUCUCAACCUGAGCUCAUCCGACGGAUACGGCCUCUACUUGAAAACGGCAAGCAAGGUCCAGAGUUUGGAAGACGACAAAUAUUUCUUUGACAGUUUAAGGGAGACGUCUGAGACUCAGAAGAAAGGAAAAAAAGCGAAAGAAGGCAUCACAGUCAACAUGCCAUAUCUGGUGAUCUUUAAGAGGAAGCUCUGGUUCAAUGUGAGCCCGGGAAAAGAUCUGAAUGCAGACCUCAUGUUCCAUUUCCCACAGGAGCUGCCUAAGUACCUGCGGGGAUACCACGAAUGCUCCAAAGAGGACAUGAUCGACCUGGGUGGGCUGCUCUUCAGAGUCGAAGUGGAUUCAGACAGGUCGCAGUUUGUCAUGAUCCCCAGAAUGCUGAGGAAACUGAUUCCUGCUGACCAGAUAAAAAUCAUGUCCCCAGAAGAGUGGAAGAAGAACAUCAUCGCCUCCUACAACAAGCAGAGUGGCAUAACAGUGCAGGAGGCCAAAAUUGCCUUCUUGCAAGGCAUCUCGAGCUGGACAACCUUCGGCUGUGCCUUCUUUGAAGUUAAACAAACGUGUGAAUCUAGCUACCCAAACACACUUUGGAUUGCCAUCAGCAAGCAAGGUGUGAGCUUCAUAGACCCAGAGACAAAGGAGAUGCUUAUCAUGCACCCAUUCAGUCGCAUCACAGAGUACUGCAGCGAUGAGGGCUUCUUCGAGAUGACCAUCGGCACCCUGGUUAGGGGAUUCACCUUCGUCUGUGAAACCACAAAGGGUUUCACAAUGGAGAACCUUCUUAGAUCAUACGUCAAACUGUAUGAGAGUCAGCGGCAGGCUUAUAAACCAAGAAACUACAUGUUCACCUCUCUUCAAGGGAGAAAGGACAGCAUUGACCUGAUGUAA